UAAAACAGGUUAAGCAUAGAAAUAGAGGAGAGUAUACUAUAGAAGCAAAAUGUGUGAUAUGGGAACGUAUUACCCGAAUAACGCCGGGUAUGUCUCGGGACCGCCGGCUCACGACCAAUACAACGGUGAAGCACACCAUCACGUGAUGAACGCCUGUCACGAGAACGGCAGAGGACCGCCGCCUCUACACCCUUACCAUCAGAUGCCAUACAACGGCCAACAAACACAACAACCGACUUAUCCGCGUUUCCCACCGUUUGAUCGCUUAGAGGUCAAGCCUUGUCCCGACGGUACAAAUCCACAAGAGCCUAGUCCUUACUACAACUGCGGCACCACUACCGCACCGGCACCUCAUCAGCCGCCUGCCCAACAGCCACCGCCGACACACCAGCAGCCAGUUAUUCCCAAUCAGUACGACAACUGCGGCGGCAGGGGAUCUAUUACACCACCGCAUGAAUCACAACAAUACCCGAGUUGUAAAAUGCAGCAACAAAUGCAUCCCAUCAAUGAUGGCCUCACUCCCGGCCUACCAAACCUGAUGACCGGUUCUCCUCCAUCACCACAUCAUCCACAACACCAUCAAAUGUAUCAGUCGAGCGGUCCGGUGGCCAGUCCUCAGCAAAAUUACAAUUCGGCCCUCUCUUCGCCUCUCUAUCCGUGGAUGAAAUCUCAAUUCGAGCGCAAAAGAGGCCGACAGACGUACACCCGAUACCAAACACUUGAAUUGGAGAAAGAAUUUCAUUUCAAUCGUUACUUAACCCGAAGAAGGCGUAUAGAAAUAGCACAUGCAUUGUGUCUCACAGAAAGACAAAUAAAGAUAUGGUUUCAAAACCGUAGAAUGAAAUGGAAAAAGGAGAAUAAGAACAAGAUUGACCAAGGUAUGCCUAUGGGACCCGGCGGUGGACAAUGUGAACUCACACCACAUCUUGAUAACGGCCACAGAGGCAGUGUCUAAGGCUCUAUUCCCCCACUCCUCACACACACUCGUCCAUCACUUAAACCACAUAUUCGUAUUGUAUAUAAUAAUAUUGCAAAAUAAUAAUAAUAUUGUAGUGAAAAUGUUGUACAAAAAAUGAUAUUUGAUAUAAUAUUUGAUUGAAAAAGUGAAUUAAUCGUAUGUCUGAAGACAACAACAAAACAGUGACUGAAUGUUUGAAAGACUGAAGUGACCGAUAACUGGAGUCCAAAAUGAGUGCUUCUCUACCCGACUGUACCGUAAAGUGUCAUUGACUUUGUCGGACAUUGGAUGACAUUAACGGUCUCAUCUCCUCCUAUGUGUCACACAUAAGAUAUAUUAACAAUAACUCUUCUCUUCACUCUUCCAACUGUUUGACUGUUUUUAAAAAACUCUGUUUAAAGAUAGAGAGAGUGAGAGAGAAUGUGAGUGAGAGAUAGAGUGAGGGAUAGUUUUAUUGGUCGUGCAAUUAAAGGUUGUAAAAAGGUUUUACAAAGAAAUACUUGACUGAACUUUUACAAUACAACCACCAAAAAAAGUUUUACAAUUUCUAGGGUUUAGGACAAACACAAUUGUAUUUGCAUUCUUUGCUAUCUAUACAUAUAAUGCACUUUUUCUCGUUAUUUUUUGGUUAUUCUUUAGCUUAAGAUAGUUUGAAAAACAGUCAAAGACUGACCAUAGCGUACAAUACCAGUACUAUCGGAGCCGAUAGUAAAAUAAAGUUUCGACAAACAUCUAACAAUCAAUUCGGUGUAGUUUUCAAUUACUUGAGUGACAGUACAGUCCUUUUGUGCAUAUAUACAGUAUAUAUGAUAUAUAAAAAUAUAAAUAUAUAUGAUAUCUUAUUUAAUAUUUGCCGUACAAUCAAGUCUGUAUUAUUUACAUAAGAAAUAACACACUUGGAAAAACAGUUGAAUGUUUUUUAUUUAUAUUAUAUAUUAAACUCAAAAAAAUUAUUUGAAACAGUGAUUGACUGGUGGUUGUCAUCAAUGAAUAUUCAGACAAAAUUCUG